AUUAUGUUAAAUCAAGAGUUGUGAGUCUUUAAGGACUCUAUAAAUACCACUGUCACAUUUCCUUUUCUCCUACUUUCUAUUCAGCAGAGACUGAGAAAUGGAGAGAAGGGUUGAUACUUCACUCCUCAAAGCGUUAUGUUUGUUCGUAAUGGUGAUCGGUGUUGCCUCGUCCAGAGCAACAAUGAUGGAGAAGUCGAAGUUUAAGGUGCUCAGCAGCAAAUUUAAAUAUCACGAUCAUGCGCACAGACGAAAUUUGCUUGAAAAUGGACUUGCCGGAACUCCUGCAAUGGGGUGGAAUAGUUGGAAUCACUACUGGUGCAGUGUCAACGAGACUAUCAUCAAAGCAGCGGCUGACGCUAUUGUCUCCAGUGGGCUAUCUAAGCUUGGAUAUGAAUAUGUUAACCUAGAUGAUUGUUGGGGUGAACAGGAUCGAGAUAGCCAGGGCAAUUUAGUGGCUAAAAACACUACAUUUCCAUCUGGUAUUAAAGCUUUGGCAGACUAUGUUCACUCCAAGGGCCUUAAGCUUGGGAUAUACUCGAGUGCAGGGACUUAUACUUGUAGCAAACAAAUGCCUGGUUCACUGGGUUAUGAGGACCAAGAUGCUAAGACCUUUGCGUCAUGGGGUGUUGAUUAUUUAAAGUAUGAUAAUUGUUACACUGAUGGAACUGAGCCAAUGAUCAGAUACCCAGUGAUGACCAGAGCAUUGAUGAACACUGGACGCCCUAUCUACUACUCUUUAUGUGAAUGGGGAGACCGGCACCCAGCUACGUGGGGUGCUCCCGUUGGAAAUAGCUGGAGAACUACUGGUGAUAUAUCUGAUUCAUGGGAUAGCAUGAUCUCAAGAAUAGACUUGAAUGAAGCUUAUGCUGAGUAUGCAAGGCCUGGUGGCUGGAAUGAUCCUGACAUGCUUGAGAUCGGAAAUGGAGGGAUGACGAAAGAUGAAUAUAUUGUACACUUUAGUUUAUGGUCCAUUUCAAAGGCUCCUCUUCUCCUUGGAUGUGAUGUGACAAAUAUGUCUGCAGAUACAUUAGAAAUCAUUAGUAAUAAAGAAGUAAUUGCUGUUAACAAAGAUCCGCUUGGCAUACAAGCAAAGAAAGUUAGGUGGAUGGGUGAUCAAGAGAUUUGGGCAGCUCCUAUUUCAGGCUACAGGUUUGCUAUAGUGCUAGUGAACAGAGGUCCUUGGCGUUAUUCCAUCACUGCUGCAUGGGAAGACAUUGGAAUUCCUAAGGGUACUGUUAUUGAAGCUAGAGACCUGUGGGAGCACAAAAACUUGCCAACACAAUUCAUAGGCAACAUUACAGCCAUGGUGCCUUCUCAUGGGUGUAAGAUGUAUCUGUUGAAUCCUGUGGGCUGAGAGUUCUCAUCUGAAGUUUAAUGCUCUGGACAGUUUAUGUUUUGUACUGGUUCUCUUCUAGUUUUGAAAUUAGUGAUUAUGUAGUGACUUUUUUUUCAUGGAAUUUAAUUGUUGAUGAAAAUUCACAUUGAGAAAUUCCCAUUGUUUAAGAUAUCA